CUCAGUGAUGUCAUUUGUGUGCGACGGAUGUACUUCUGCAACGUGCUGAAGAAAAUUCACGUGUGCUAAAUUCUCUUCACACACCACGUUUAAACUCGGUUUCCCCUGGAAUAUCUGUUGUUGUAAGUCAGAGCCAUGGGUCGGAAGUUGGAUCCCACCAACAAAGUGAAGAGAGGACCUGGUAAGAAAGCCAGGAAGCAGAAGGGGGCAGAGGUUGAACUCGCAAAGUUUAUUACUGAUGAGGAUACUGGACCAAAGCGUUUGUCAAGCAGAGCCAGGAAACGAGCUGCAAAGAGAGCAGACAAUUCCAAAAAUCUCAAGGAAGUUCCAAAAAAACAGCCCAAAAAAGGUUUUACAGAUGAAAACAGUAAGUGGUUGAAACCUACAAAGAGAAAGCGUAAGGCCGAUGAGGCGGGAAGUGAAGACGACAGCGAGGAACUCUGGGAAGAAAGUGAUGGUGAUGAAUAUGAGGAGGAGAAAGUUCAGCUUCAGCAGAAGGGAAGCAAAGGCCCUGCAAAAACAGAAAUAAAAGAAGUAGAGGGAGACGAGGAUGAUAAAGAUGACAGUGACGAAGACAUGGUUGAUGACUAUGGGGCUCUGGAUGAUGGGAGUGAAGAUGAAGCACAGGAAGAGGACAGCGAUGCAGAGGAUCUUCUUCCAAUUGAACGUGCAGCCAAAAAGGAGAAAAAGCAAAAGAAAUUAAUGGACCUUGGGAGUGAAGAUGAUGAUGACGAUGAUGAUGAUGAAGAAGAGGAGGAGGAGGAAGAUGAUGGGGACGAAAAAGAUGAACAGCAAGACGAAGACAUGGAUGAGGACGGCACCUUAGAAACCAACACAGAUGAGGUGGACAGAUUCCGGCUGCCGGAUCCAGAGGAGAGUGAAAAAGAGGGAAUGCUGUCUCUGGACCUGAAGACCAUCCAUCAGAGAAUAAAGGACAACGUGGAUGUUCUCUGUAACUUCUCAGCAAAAAGGGAGGAGGGCAAAGCCCGAGGAGACUAUGUCUCUCUCCUCAAGAAAGAUCUCUGCACCUAUUACAGCUACAACAGCUUCCUCAUCGACAAACUGAUGGAACUCUUUCCUCUCUCUGAGCUGGUUGAUUUCCUUGAAGCCAAUGAAAUUCAGAGACCUGUCACAAUUCGGACCAACACGCUGAAAACACGAAGGCGGGACCUUGCACAGGCUUUGAUUAACAGAGGGGUUAACCUUGAUCCAAUUGGGAAAUGGUCUAAAGUUGGACUGGUUAUCUAUGACUCAUCUGUUCCAGUUGGUGCGACCCCUGAGUAUCUGGCUGGUCACUACAUGCUGCAGGGAGCCUCCAGCUUUCUGCCUGUCAUGGCUCUUUCUCCACAGGAAGGAGAGAUGGUGCUGGACAUGAGUUCAGCUCCAGGAGGCAAGACCACCUACAUAGCCCAGCUUAUGAGAAACACAGGAGUUAUUGUUGCAAACGAUGCCAACUCUGAAAGACUGAAGAGCGUGGUGGGAAAUAUUCAUCGUUUGGGGGUCACCAACACCGUUGUCUGCAACUAUGAUGGCAGGCAGUUCCCAAAGGUAAUGGGCGGGUUUGAUCGAGUUCUGCUUGACGCACCCUGCUCGGGAACCGGAGUCAUUGCCAAAGAUCCAGCUGUAAAGACCAGCAAGGAUGAGGCGGAUAUCCUGCGCUCGGCUCACUUGCAGAAAGAGCUCAUUCUCUCUGCUAUUGAUUCUGUCAAUGCUGAGUCACCUUCAGGAGGAUACGUGGUCUACUGCACAUGCUCAAUAACGGUAGAGGAGAACGAGUGGGUGGUGGACUACGCUCUGAAGAAAAGGAAUGUGAAAUUAGUUCCCACCGGACUCGACUUUGGCAAAGAAGGCUUCACCAAUUUCAAACAGUUUCGAUUCCAUCCCUCUCUGAAACUCACGCGGAGAUUUUACCCGCACUCCCACAACAUGGAUGGAUUUUUUGUAGCCAAGCUGAAGAAGUUCUCCAAUGUGGUUCCAACUGUGCCUGCAGAGAAAGAAGAAGAGAAAACGGACACCACAGAGGCUACGGCAUCUCCGUCUGCUCCUAAAGAUCUUCUGUCCAAAAAUGACAAGAAGAAGAGCCAAAUGGAAAAGAGAGAUGCAUCAAAACCAAAAACCAAACCCAAUGGAACAACAUUCAAGCCAACAGAAGAAAACAGAUCAAAGUCCGGCCCCAAAAAAGCAAAGAUUGCUAAAAUGGAUGGAGAGGGUGUGAAGGCAGCCGGAGUUAAGAAGCCUACAGUGAAGGCCGACGUCAAGAACGAAGCCCCCAAAUCUGACAAAAACGAAGGGAGUCGAUUUGAGAAAAAGCAGGCCAAGAAAAGAAAAAAACCAACAAUUCUCAAGAAAAGAUUGGGGAAAAACAAAUUCCAAAAACUCAAGACCAUGUUGAAAAAACACGAAAGAGAGUGAUGUGUGGACUACAGGUGGAUGCUUGAGGUUACAGAAGAACUUUAACAGUCCCAACAGCAGCUCGUGUGUUCUGAUGUUGGCAUGCUCGGUUUCAGAGCUGCAUGUAAUCGUGCUGGACAGACUGGAGUCUCCUCUUUGUUUUACAGAAUAGUCGUAUUUGUUCAAGCAACAACAAUCUACUUAAAUGAUUAAAUAAACCUUUUAAGAAAAAUG